AUGGCCUCCGUCCGCACAAAGCCCGACGUCGAGUCGUCCUCGCCCCCCGCUGGCGAUGCCGCGUCCAAGGACUCGUGCGAAAAGGUCAAGAGAAAGCGACAGUCCCAGAGCUGUGAUGCCUGUCGUGCACGCAAGGUAAGGUGUGCCCGCGAAAACCCCGACGACCCCAAGCAAUCCUGCAAACACUGCAUCGCACUAGGCAUCGCGUGCACCUACGACUACCAACCCAAAAAGAGGGGGCCUCCCAACCUCUACCUCAGAAGGCUCCAGGAGGCUGCAGCCGCAGCCGCCGCCCAGCAGGAUAGCCAAGGCCCCUCCGAGAUGACUUCCCCCGUCUCCGCCUCACACACCGCUGCAAGUCCGACCCAGACCAUCUCGCCCUCCACCCAGGGCGGCCUUGCGUCCUUCCUCGAGCCGUCCCUUAGCCCCGUUCCGUCCAUGCACACCACCGCCCUCACCCCUUCGCGCUAUCCCAUCGCCGCAGACGGCUUCCACAAUCAGUUUUCCCCCAUCCCGCCCCUCGGCACCUCGUACGCCCCCUCCCGUGACGACUCCCAGUCUUUCGCAUCUCCUCACGACCAGUUCAGUACUUAUCCACUCUACAACUGGUCCUUCCGGCAACACCAGGCCAUCCCAAUACCACCCCCAACAUCGAUACCCCCUCUGUCCUAUUAUUAUCGUCCCCACCGUCUCGAGGAUGUCGCUCCGCGGGAAACUAUCCUUCUCAUCCUCGCCUUAUUCUUCGAUUUCGUUUAUCCACUGACCCCGUGCGUUCACAAGCCGUCCUUCAUGGCCGACGUCCAUUCCCAUCGCGAGGAGCGAGAUCCGCUCUUCUUUGCUCUCGUAAUGUCUACUGUGGCCUCGACGCUCGUCCAAGUGCCCAGAUCUUAUCUCCCCAUGGAGCGUCAUGCCGUGCGCAAGCUCGCUCAGACCUGCCACGAAGCCAGUCGACACAUUUCCGUCGCAUCAUAUGAUCCGCCUUCGGUCAUGCACGUUGUCAUCCGCUACUUUGACACCGUAUAUCAUUUCUGCGAAGGCCAUGAUGCGACGCAGCAUGCGGCGUUCGGCGAGGCGGCUCAUAUCGCAAUCACUCUUCGCAUGCACGAGGAGUCAUCUUAUGAAGGACUAGACCUCAUCGAAUGCGAAGUGCGACGUCGGACGUUUUGGCUCCUCUUCGGAGCCGACAAGUCCAUGUCGAUCUUGCUGGGGCGUCCGAUCUGCCUUCGAGAUGAGGACACCACGUGCAAUUUUCCGCGCGAGCUGGAUGACGAGUACAUCACGCACAGUGCCUACCUUCCGCAGCCACAGGGCAAGACGGCUAUUGUCUCCGGCCUCAACUAUAUCUCACGAAUCUUUGCUCUUCUGGGCGAAAUUCUCGUACGAAUCCGGGUGGAUAAGCGAUCUCCCCCUCAAGGCCAGUUCCUCACCGCGCGGCUCGAAGAGGUGGAGGCGCUCCAUGCGCGUAUCCUCGCUGCGCUCGUACAUGCCCCGGAACCGCUUUGUCUCAAGUACGUACACUCACAUACCCAUGUUCCCCCGGAGUACGGUGGUGCGGGCUUCCGUCAGGCCACCUUUGCGGAGGUCAAAGACUUCUUCGACAACCCGAACGCAUCGCGUGCGAACGCGCUCAACCCGUUCCUCGUGAUGCAGUCCAAUGUGUACGUUACACAGCAACUGGUCCGGUUUGUGAUUGAGCAGUACCGCGACGAGCUGAUGACGUCGCUGCAAGGGAGCAUCGAUGAGCGUCGGGUGGCCGAAGAAAGGGAGUCUGUGGCUAGCGAGCUGCUGAAUAUCCUGCACAGCAUCCCUAUCCAGUCAAUUGCUACGAACGGGCCUUCGCUGGUACACAAAGUCCGCUUCGUCGCAUCAACGCUGCUUGACGCUGUGCGCAAGGCGGAGACUGCGCCAGCAUCGGCUGCGCGUGCCCACGCUUACCUGUGGGACUUCCUGUCGAUUCUGUCAGAAAUUGAGCGGAAUUACCUGCUCGAUGACGAUAGAGAUGCGGCGUCCAGUGCGGACGGGCUGCCUCUGAUGACCACGAACUGA